GUCUAUCCGCCAGUAGCAGCGCACGUCAAUCCAACACUAGAGGCUCCAUGGAGAAUGCGGAGAUAACUCGAAUAACGGUACGCUACAAUAUUUAUGUGGGAGAAAUUAUCUUCGUUUGAUUAAACAAAACCGAAUAUGCGUUGUCGCGCGUAUCAAUAAACCGCACAUAAAACAACAACAACAACAAGAACAACAACAACAAGAAACGGCAGAACAGUGUUUUUUUCGUCUCGCCACGAAAUCCCAACAGCUCCAGCCAAGACAGAACCAUUGUCUGAAUAAACGUUUAGGAUGGCCUGGAUAGGCAAGAAGAAGUCGGUGAUAGCCACCAGUCUGAUCGCGGUGGUGUCUCUCUUUGUCGUGGUGGUCAACUACUCAGAGAAGCCAUACUUCCUCCUGGAACCAGUCUUCGGACAAACCUUCAGCAGCCACUGGAUGUUCUCCAGACAGACUCAUAAGGCCUUCAAACCUCACCUGGGAUACAUCAGCGUCCCUAAGCAGGAGCCGCUGAAGCUACACUGUGAGGUCUGCUCCGUGGUGUCCAGUUCCGGUCAGAUGUUGGGCCAGGCGGCGGGGCCAGAGAUCGACCGCUCUUCCUGUAUCUGGCGUAUGAACAACGCCCCGACGCGUGGGUUCGAACACGACGUGGGGCACCGCACCACCCUCAGGGUCGUCUCUCACACGUCUGUACCCCUGCUGCUACAGAGGCCUCAGUACUUCUUUGGCCAGGCCAACGACACGGUAUAUGUGGUGUGGGGUCCUCUGAGGAACAUGAGGAAGGAUGGGAAGGGCAUUGUGUACAACAUGCUGAGACAGGCUGUAGAGAAGUACCCCCAGGCUAGGAUAUACCUCACCACAGAGGAACGCAUGAACUACUGCGACAUGGUGUUCAAGAAGGAGACCGGGAAGGACAGGUGAGACUGGUGACAUAGUGUACCUCCCAAAUGGCACCCUAUUCCCUAUAUAGUGCACUACUUUUGACCAGGGCCCUAUGGGGUGUCAUAAGGAAUAAGGAUAUAGUGUACUACUUUUGACUAGAGCCCUAUGGGGUGUAAUAAGGUAUACGGUGGCAUUAAAGCCAGAGAGAGAUGGGGGAGAGAGAGAUGGGGGAGAGAGAGAUGGGGGAGAGAGAGAUGGAGAGAGAAGGCUGGCGA